AUGGCGGCGGCGCCGCUGCUGGUGCGGCUCAGCCCGGCGCCCGCCGCCGGAGAGAAGGUGAACCUCAAACUCCAGUCGUACUUCCAGUCGGGAAAGCGGUCGGGGGGCGGCGAGUGCAACGUGCGCGCCGGCCCCAAGCCCGGCACCUACUGGGUAGAGUUCUUUAAGGAGCAAGACAGGAAGAGUGUGGAGUCCCGCACGAAACACACCUUGGAACUGGCUGGAAAAUGCGUGGAGAUAGUCAUCCUGCGGAGAGAAGGGGACCCGGGCCAGAGCCGGGUGACAGCACAGGCUUCUGCCAGCUCCAGCGACAUCGCUGCCAGCCCUGCCCUGCCCCAGCAGGAGCAGCAGGACAACGGUGGCCAUGGGGCCACAGCAAAGGAAGACCUUACCAAAAAGAUAUUUCUUACAGUAUCUGCUACUUUGAAUACCAGUAUGUUCACUGAAGACCAAAGGGAGAAAAUUACCAUUAUGUGUCCAAACUUAAAGAGAGAAGGAAACCCUGGCAUGGAUGGCUCUGAGAAAUUGACAGGAGAUUUUACAGAUAUUGAAAAAGCUUAUCACUACUUUGAGGAUAUCCUUGCAGGCAAAGACCCAAACCAUGAUUUUUCACAUUCUGAAUGUAAGAAUGGUUUGAAAGAUGAAAAUGGCCUGAAUAGUGAAGAAAUGAAUGAGUUUACAGUUGUGACAGCUCUCUAUGAGUAUUUUAGUCAUACCCGCAAAGAAGAAAUCGAAGAACUAUACAAAAGGUUUGGAGCAUGUCUAAGAAUUAAAGGUCAUGACGAGGAUAACACAUUUAUAUACAUCUCUUCUGAUGAAAGUCCUGCAUUGUUACAAAAAGCUAGUGAUUUUUUUAUCAAAACUUUUCAGGAAACUACAAAAGAUCUGACACAGGAAAAAGUUCCCAUAACAAACAGUUACAGAUUAAAAGAGACAAUAAUGAAAUUAAAUGGAAGGUUUAGAAAUCUUCUUGUUAAAGAGGAAGGGAAUCAGUUGCUACUCCGUGGUCCAGGGAGUGAGGUUUUAGCUGCCCGAAAAUUUCUAGCAGAGGAAGGUGAGAACAACCAAGCUGAAAAGAAUAUGAAAAUAUUGUCUGAAUGGUACAAACACAGGAAUGGAAUUGAAGUAGAUGCUUCUGUAUUUAAAUUGUUGGAAACCGUGUUAAGCACAGAAAUUGAAAACAUAAAUCACAAAUUUGAUACAUUGGUAGAAAUAAAAGAGGAUUCAUAUGGCCAGAAGGUCAUAAUAUUUAGGCCUAAACCCAAAACUUCUGAUAUGUCAUCACAUGCUACUGAAAGUUUCAUCAAUGCAUAUCAGAGUGCUUCUGCAAUGUUAAAAAAAAAAAUCAUCAGCAUGAAGCUUUCAGAAGAUCAGAAGAAAAUUUUAAAUAAGCUACUUAAUGCUAAGAAAUUUGAGGAUUUUAAUGUAAAACUUCAGAAGAAUGAAGAUAAGUUAAUCAUAAGUGGUUUACCAGACCAUCUUUAUUCUGCUGAAAAGUACAUGAAGGGCCUUCUUAACAUUGAAGACUCAACACAAACUAAAAAUAGGGCACCACUGUCCUCUAGUAUCAGCUCUCAAGAAGCUACAGGAGCAUCUAAGAAGUCCGGUGUUAGGCAAAAGAAUAAUCUUUCUUCUGAAGGAAAAACUCAGGCAAAGACAGAAGAAAACGAAGAAGAUAAGUGUCCAAUUUGCAUGGACAGAAUUAAAAAUAAAGAAACACUAGAGAAGUGCAAACAUGCAUUUUGCAAAACUUGCAUUGACAGAGCCAUGACUUAUAAACAAGCUUGUCCUGUUUGUAAUUCUGUCUGUGGAGUCAUGACAGGAAACCAACCAGAGGGAACAAUGUCAACUGAAACAUUGAGUUUCUCUCUUCCUGGUUAUCCCAAUUGUGGCACUAUUCAAAUUAACUAUGAUAUGAAGGGUGGUGUCCAAACUAGCAGCCAUCCAAACCCAGGGCUGUAUUAUAGGCCAGCUCGCCGAACAGCAUAUUUACCUGACAAUAAAGAGGGACGAGAAAUUCUGCAGCUCCUCAAAAGGGCCUUUAAGCAAAAAUUGAUUUUCACAGUGGGGCAGUCACGUACUACUGGUGCACAAAGUGUUAUCACGUGGAACGAUAUUCACCACAAAACUUCUAUGACCGGAGGACCUACCCAGUUUGGUUACCCGGAUUCUUCUUAUCUGCAGCGUGUUCGAUCAGAAUUGAAAGCAAAAGGAAUUGAAUAAGGAAAUCUAUCAACUCUCAACUUUUAAGUAUAAUGACUGACCAUACAGCAGUUAAUGUAUUGUUCAAGCUCUGAGGGAAGUUACUUUGUUUAACUGAUUUAAAUGAUUUGUUUAAAUUGUUUCUAUUUCAUAGUUAGCUGAGAAGUAAUCUUUUCUCAUCAAACAAUGUAUGUUCUUUUCACAAAUCAUUUACUUCCCUAUAUAUGUAGCCUUUACAGAAUUUGGUUCUUUUGAAUACAGUAUCAGUACUGUUUGCACUUUGUAGAUCUUGCUUUACUGGCAAAUCUGAUCUGCACUUUCCCCCACAAGUCUCCAGUCUGCUUUACAAAACCUUUAAAUCCACUACUGGCUUUUAUUAGCUGAAACACUUCUCCUAGCUUUGCGUUAUGAUAUCUGUCAGCACGGCUAGAAUCAUGUAACCCAUCUAAUGGAAAAUGUUUAUGCAGCUCUGACAGUGUUAGCUAUGAUAAGGCUGUGGACUUUUGCUUCUUUUCAUGGUAGAAAUGGCCUUAGUGAUUUGGGUUUUGCACGUGAAAUUAGCCAUGGAUCAUGUACAAGUGGGUACAUGGAUGCUACUGUAUUUUUAGCUCUGCGAAGUGCUGAAUGCUGAGAGCUGCGUUCGACCAAACAGGAAGUAACAGUGUCUGUGGCCAUAUCUGAUAGUGGGCUCCUGGUUCUGUGCCUGCCAUUGGGCUUAAACUUAAAUACAACUUUAAUUUUUUUUCAUUUUCUCAACUGUAAAGCUGUAUUCUUUCAAUUGCAUCCAAUAUAGGUUUAAAUUGUAUCAUAAAACUACUCUGCAGUGCAUAAAUAACCUGCUAAUUACCUGUGUGGUGGUAUGUCACACACAUAGACAUCAUUUUUAGUGACUUGAACCAUUUCUCUAAGGCUACUGAGCACAACUAAUAAAGAAAAUA